CGGACGGACGGACGGACGGACGGACGGACACCACCCUGGCGUCAUCGUGCAUUUCCUUUGUGGAUGUUCUAAUAUCUUCUCGGGUUGCGAUGCAACCUGUUAUUGCGUCUUUUUUUAUACUUCUCAUUUUCUGUUUGGGCUCUGGAUAUACCAGUUCCAUAUACCCGUGUACACAUGGAGGGAUCGGGCAGGAGGGUGGGUGGAUGGAUGGAUGGAUGGACGCCUGCUGUUGUCGGCAUUUAUUUUGUUGUAUUCACUUUUGCGUCUACACUUUCAGGUCUCUUUGUGACCUUGCGUUACAUACCCCCUUGGCUGGCUUCGGGAUCGUGGAUGGACGCCUGGCCGCUUUGGCACUUGCCAACUUUUUCUGUUCUUUUCGCUUCGUUUCUGCUUCUAUUUGCUUGUCUUCCUGCUAUGUACGCACCCGUUUACGCUCAUAAUUCCCUUGCAUUAUAUCUGUUUUUGUUCUGUCUAAUAGUUUUGAUUCGAGCUGUCGUUACCUGCUCAGGGGCCCGCUGGGUUCUGUAUAUUUUUGUUUGUACAGUAGAUCGGGGAGAAGAGUCGAGUCUUAUACUUGGGGGAGGUGGAUAGGAUAGAGACGUGCCGCACUUCCGUGCUUAUUGGCUCGGGCGCGAAGAAACCGUGGAAGAGCACGGGCAAUGGAAUUCUGUAAAACUCCACCGAGUUGAUGAUGUCGCGAUGUGCUCCGGCCGUGAUAUGCCUACAAUGUCCGUGAUCUGUCAGGGAUAGUCUCAAAUCGAAGACCGGCAUAAGCCUGUGAGGUGAUGCGCAAGAGCCUCCUCUGCGUCACAAUCGGGCCAUACGAUAGAAGGACCAGCUCGCUAUCGAGCCGAGGUCCUCGCCACACGGUGGAUGGCAAACGGUCCGACCGCUGAUGCAGG